AUGAAUAAACUGUUAUUUCUAUUUCUCUUCUCUCUACUCAUCAUCGGAGCACAAGCCAACCGUCGACGACGGCAAUAUGCUGGAUACAAUUACGUUCAGCAAUAUAAUAAUCAAUAUGGUCUUUACGGGCCAGGCGGACAAGGUUGGGUAAACAAUUACGACAAUCGCUAUCCAAAUCCGAAUUAUGCCUGGAAUAAUAAUUACAACUGGAAUCAUGGCGUGCGACGUCCAGAAUGGUAUUACAAUUCCUCGACAACAGUUCAACCGUCAGUUUUUUCUUCGAUCAGUUUUCUACUAUUUUCAGUUUUUUAUUUUUUGCGUUUAUGA